AAGGUAAUUGAAACCAACCCUAAGCUCCUUUUAUCUCCACUCUAAAGGUAGCCCCGAUAAUUGUUGACUUAAGCAUUGGAGUGUCUACCCCGAGUUUCACCUCGGGGCUUUGCAAGUCAAUCCGAAGUGCAGACGUGAACUGAAGAAGGACUUCUGGUUUGGUGCAAUUACAUUUGGCGCUGUCUGUGGGAAUCUGAACUGAAAGCUCUUUUGUUGCUCUCUCAUCAUGGUUAACACUCGAUCAGUCCGAGCUGGAAACUCAUCUCAGCCUCUUGGACGAGGUCAGGUCCCCAGCAACCUUCCACCUCACCUCUCACCUCCGAUCCUAAAUAUGUUCCCUCUUGUUGAUCAUGUAGAAGGAGGAGAUGAAAACCAACCACAUAACUCAACUCACAACUCAGCCUCCACUGCCAACCAGGACGUAGUUGUAGCUCAGCUUGCUUCCAUGCAACAACAAUUUGCUCCACAGCAAAACCUUGAACCAGUUCAACAUGCUCCUGCUCUUAGUGAAUCUCAAGGUCAAUCUCAUGUAGCACCAGCUCAGCAACCCCUUUCUGAUGAUGUCACUCGAUGUCUAGACAGCUUAGAAAAGCUAGUAGCUGAACAGCGAGGUGCCCCACCUUCACACCAUGCUGCUAACUCUAUAUCCCACCCUCUGAACACUAACAUCACACUGGAACCCUACUCUGCUGGCUUUAAGACACCUCAGCUUGAGACUUAUAAUGGGACGAAGGAUCCCGAUGAUCACCUACAUGCUUUCUACUCUUGCAUGCAAGCUCAGAACGCCUUUGACGCCUCUUAUACAGAAAUGGCAUCUGCUUUUGCCACAAAGUUUUCUAGUAGAAGGUUGACCAGGAAAACUACUUUUGAGUUGAUGCGAGUUAAACAAAGGAAUGGUGAAUCUUUGAAGAAUUAUAUGAGCAGAUUCAAUGAUGCAGUACUAGAAGUUAGCUCCUUCGACCAGGUUGUGGGAAUUGCAGAUGUGAUCUCAAGUCUUAACCAUGAGAGAUUCAGGGAUAGUUUGCUCAAGCAUCCUGCCACCACCUUUAGCGAGGUGAAUGAUAGAUCUCUGAAAUUCAUAACUACUGAGAAGGUGGUAAUGCCUCACAACGACCCUUUGGUCACCUUAAUAAUGAUCAACAACUAUCAAGUCCAACGUGUGCUUGUUGACACCGGGAGCGCACCUGACGUCAUGUACUACCAUUGCUUUGAGAGCCUAGGGCUCAACCCAACUCUGCUACAACGUUACGAUGGUCCUAUAUAUGGCUUCGACAACCAACCAAUUCAAGUCGAAGGGGUCCUAACCAUGAAUGUUGCAUUUGGAAGUAGACGAACCUAUGUGACUCCUUUAGUUCGAUUUUUGGUGGUUAAGAUGCCUUCCUUUUUCAACGUUGUCAUUGGUCGGCCCACGUUAAUAGAUAUCCGAGCUAUGGUCUCUCAAUCUCGUCUGUGCAUGAAAUUUCCAACCCCCAUGGGCAUAGCAACACUUAGAGGCAAUCAAGAAGUAGCCAUACAUUGUUAUCUCACUUCAGUCACGAGGCCACAGAAAGACAAAGACCAACCAACAGAAAACCCUCCACAGGAAAUCCAUGACAAUCAACAAGUGAUGGGGGUUGAAAUUCUUGAUAACCAACCUGAGAAUGAAACCCGAGCUGCUUCAGGUGAAGAUGUUGAGGAGGUACAGAUUGAUGAAAAAGACUCGAACAAGAAAACACAGAUAGGAACUCGACGGGUUGAUUACUGUGAAUGGGUUGCCAAUCCUGUGUUGGUGAAAAAAGCAAAUGGCAAAUGGCGGAUGUGCAUCGAUUACAAUAACCUCAACCAGGCAUGUCCAAAAGACUGUUACCCAAUGCCAAACAUUGAUAAGUUGGUUGAGGCAGCUUCUGGAAAUGAAAGAUUAAGUCUCUUGGAUGCAUACUCUAGCUAUCACCAGGUUCCAAUGGCUCUUGAGGAUAAAGAAAAAAUCUCGUUCUAUGCCGGCAAUGAAAUCUAUCGCUAUGUGAUGAUGCCUUUCGGUUUAAAGAACGCAAGUGCCACUUACCAGAAGAUGGUUACCAUUGUAUUCCGAGCUCAAAUAUGCCGAAAUCUGGAAGUAUAUGUUGAUGAUAUCGUGAUGAAGAGUUUGAAAGCUGAAGAUCACUUAACUGACCUCGAGGAGACAUUCAACAAUCUCAUAAAGAAUAGAGUGAGGUUGAAUCCAGCAAAAUGCAUCUUCGGUGUGGAGUUAGGAAAGUUUCUAGGCUUCAUGGUGUCCAGAAGGGGGAUUGAGGUUAACCCUGAGAAGAUCAAAGCAGUGGCCGAAAUGGAACCACCGAAGUCAGUAAAAGAUGUACAGAGGUUGACAAGGAGAGUAGCAGCUCUUCAUAGAUUCAUCUUGAAAUCAGCAGAUAAAUGCCUGCCAUUCUUCAAGAUAAUGAGAUUAGCAGCCCAGAAGGAUGAAUCUGGCAAACAAAAGAAAUUUGAAUGGAAUUCAGAAUUUCAAGCUGUAUUUGAUGAGUUGAAGUCUUAUCUUAGCUCACCCUCUUUGCUGACAAAGGCCAAUGAUGGAGAAAUCCUUUACUUGUACCUUGGCAUAUUAGAUGAAGCUAUCAGUUUUGUGCUACUGAGAGAAGAGGGGAGGCAACAAAAGCCAGUUUAUUACACCAGCAGUGUGUUACACGAAGCUGAAAUCAGAUAUUCUAUUGCUGAGAAAGCAGCCUUAGCAGUUCAGAGGUCAGCAAUCCAAGCUCAGGCUCUUGUAGAUUUCAUAAUAGAAUGCACCUCGACUCACUUUGGUUCCCAGCUCGGGCCGGACAGCUGGAUUCUGUAUGUUGAUGGAUCAUCAAGUAACAAAGGUUCUGGUGCUAGUGUAAUCCUACUUGGCCCAGAUGGGUAUAGAAGUGAACAUGCUCUAAAAUUUAACUUUGAUGCAACAAACAAUAUGGCUGAGUAUGAGGCUCUGCUACUUAGCUUACAGUUGGCAAUAGAACUGAAGGUGCAUGAAGGUGUCUGCGGAAGUCACAUAGGUGCUCGAACUUUGGUUCAUAAAGUCCUUAGACAAGCAGAAGAGCUCACUAAUCUGGUAACACCUUGGCCAUUUGCUCAGUGCGGACUUGAUCUUUUAGGUCCGUUCAUGAAAGGGAUUGUGGCUGACAAUGGAACUCAGUUCAACUGCUCCUCAUUUAGAGAUUUCUGCUCCAGUUAUGGGAUCAAGUUGCAGUUCACCUCGGUGUACCACUCAGAGUCUAAUGGGAUGGUAGAAUUUGUCAACAAGAAAAUAGCCAACUUCUACAACAAACAAGUUCGACCCCGAACAUUCAAAGUAGGAGACCUCGUUGUCAGGAAAGUUGGUCUAACGAGGUUCGAAACUCGAUUCGAAAAGUUAGCACCAAACUGGAAAGGCCCCUACACUGUAGUCGAAGUGCCGCACCCAGAUGCUUAUAUCCUACAGGACAUUGAAGGCAAAAGGGUUCCUAGAGUCUAGAAUGUCAAUAACUUGAAGAAAUUUUACCCUUAAGAAAUUUUACCCUUAAUACACUUCUUUCCAGUGAACUUUGUCUUAUUUUUAUGAUUGUCAUUAUUCUUUCUGCUCAAUGUAUAUACGAGCUCAAUUCAUUUAUCUCAUUAAUGAAUUUUACUUCACAGU